GCUUCCACGCUUCUCCUCGCCCGAGCGGAGUCCCGAGGAAGAUGUCGGGAUCAGGGCUGAAAGCCGAGCUCGAGUUCCUGGCGUCCAUCUUCGACAAGGACCACGAGCUGCUGCGCAUCGUGAGUUGGAAGCUGGACGAGCUGCAGUGCCAGUUCGUGGUGCCGCAGGCGGCGCCGCAGGGCAGCCCGCACUCGCCGCCGCCGCCGCCGCCGCCGCCGCCUCUCACGCUGCACUGCACCAUCACCGAGUCCUACCCGGCUUCUCCACCAAUAUGGUUCGUGGACUCUGAUGACCCGCAGCUGACAUCGGUUCUGGAACGCCUGGAAGAGACUGGGACUAACGGUUCUCUCCGUCAGCAACUGAAGUGGUUGAUCCGCGAACUCUGCAGCUUGUAUAACCUGCCCAAACACCUGGAUGUGGAGAUGCUGGAGCAACCAGUGCCCGUCCGCCAGAAGGCCACCAUCGAAGAAGUGCCUUCAGACGAGGAAGAGGAAGACCUGGCUGAGGGUCUGGAAGACUUGGAUCACUAUGAGCUGAAGGACGAAGAGGCUGUUACGGAGAGAAAGCUGGAGGAUGAAGGAAUUGAGAAAGAACACUUGGCAAUACUAGAGAAACUUAGAAAGAGUCAAAGGCAAGACCAUUUAAAUGGCACUGUGUCUGGGUCAGUGCAUGCUUCAAAUAGGCUCAUGAAGGAGCUCAGAGAGAUCUACAGAUCACAGAGUUACAAAUCAGGGAUUUACUCAGUGGAACUCAUCGACGACAGCUUAUAUGACUGGCAUGUUAAACUGCAGAAGGUCGAUCUUGAUAGUCCUUUGCACGGUGACCUUCAGAUCUUAAAACAAAAAGAAGGCAUAGAGUACAUUUUGCUCAACUUCUCCUUUAAGGAUAGCUUUCCAUUUGAUCCUCCGUUUGUUCGAGUGGAGUUGCCUGUUCUCUCAGGAGGGUAUGUGUUGGGUGGAGGAGCAUUAUGCAUGGAACUGCUCACAAAACAUGGCUGGAGCAGUGCCUACUCACUGGAAUCCGUCAUCAUGCAAAUAAAUGCUACCUUAGUUAAAGGCAAAGCCAGGGUCAAGUUCGGAGCUGAUAAGAACCAAUACAAUCUAGAAACAGCCCAACAAUCCUAUAAUUCUGUUGUACGGAUGCAUGAGAAAAGAGGCUGGUUCACUCCGCCCAAAGAAGAUGGGUAAAUCGGUUGACUGCUGUGUGUUUGACCCAAUGUUUUGUGAAGAAAAUAUUUCCAACAUGCAGACAAGCUUUGAUUGCUUGUAUAAUAGUACCGAAGACGUUAGCUAGUAGAUAUUUUAGUGGAUAAUCUGUCACCUGAAAUCCAGAAUAAAUUACCAACUUUUCAUUUUGCUUCCUGUAGGAUUCUUGGACUGAGCAUAGGGGCCUUCACUGUCAUUUUUCUUGAUAAGUGUACUAACUUCUCUCUUUAUCAUCUCUUAAAAGGGAAAAUUUUGUAAGCCGGCAAGUCAGUAUCAGAUGACUGCAGUUGCAACUUUACAAUGACUUUCCAAGAUGCAUCCAUGGCGUACAAGGAUUUACAAAGUAUGAUUCCACGUAGAGUCAACCAAAGUUUAAUUAAUGUCCAGUGUUGAUACAGAACAUUUUAAAUUUUGUGUAUUUUGCUUGUGUGGUGCUGGGGAUUGAACCCGGGGCCUAACACAUGCUAAGCAAGAUCUAGACCAUUGAACUACACUCCCAGUUCAAAGGUUAAGUCUUCUGAACCACAACCUUUUCAGUUUCACUUACUGCUGAAAUAAUGUCAGGAAUCCUGUUCAUUAAAUUGUUAACUUUUUUCUUUUUUAUGGCUAGAUGAUGAUAUGAACUGUUUGCUGAAGAUGUGCUCUUAAUUGAGGUAUAUUGCGCUUCUUAGACAAAGCAAGGAAGGCGAUGCUACUUAAAAUUUGUGAGUAGUUAUUUGCCCCUCUCUUUCCCUUCCUUUCCCUUCCCUUCCCUUCCUUUCCUCCUCUCCUUGGCUCCCUUUCUCCCCUUCCCCUUCUCCUCCCUUCUUCUCUUCCCCUCUUCUUG